AUGGCAACAAAUGAACACGUUCCAGUAGAAUCCGAUCCAAACCCGAACCUAAUCCCGAACCAGAACCAAACUCCGAAGCAGUCUCCACUUCCCGAAGACACAGACGAACUCAAGAAAGUCUUCAACGAUUUCGACGCCAACGGCGACGGCAAGAUCUCCGCCAACGAACUCGAAACUGUUCUCCGAACACUCAGAUCCGACGUGCCACAGGAGGACGAACUCCGACGCGUGAUGGAAGAUCUAACCACCGACCGUGAAGGUUGCAUCAACUUAUCGGAGUUCUCCGCGGUCUGCCGCUCCGACACUUCUGACGGUGGCGGUUCAGCGCUUCGCGAUGCUUUCGAUCUCUAUGAUCGCGACAAAAACGGACUUAUCUCAACUGAGGAGCUUCACCUGGCACUGGACCGCCUCGGAAUGAAGUGUUCCGUCGAGGAGUGCAGGGAUAUGAUCAAUUCCGUUGAUUCUGACGGUGACGGUAGUGUUGACUUCGAUGAGUUCAAGCAGAUGAUGACGGCCAAGAGCCGUGCCGUUAACGACUUUGUCAAUUAG